AGAAAUCAGAUCUGUCAGGACGGGCGAAAAAAAUGCCACUUCCCAACUAACAGGCGGAAUCCAGCCCAGAUUUUCAGUCCUUUCUUCUUCUUUUUUUCCUUCCUCCCUUUCACUAAUUUAUCCCGAUGUUAGCACAUUCUGUCUUGUAACACUCGGGCGCCUGUAGGUUUGUUUCAUGGGAUCAUUACUUACUGAUCGGGAUGGCUCCCAGGUCCGGGGCUGAAGACGGAGUGUGAAGUUGGGGAAACAUUUCUUUUUUCUUUCUUUCUUUUUUUUUUUUUUUCCCUUUUCUUUUUUUUUUUCUUUCUUUUUUUUUUUUUUUUCAAUAUUACUGUGAUGAUUAUUACCUCUCGGUGCUUAUCCAGGAAAAGCAAACAAACAAAAAUCUGGUCCUUGAUGCUCCACUUCUGAAUGUGAAAUAUUACCUCCCAGCUGGUAAAGUUGUGAGGCGCAGCAUUUUUUUUUUCCUUUUUUCUUUUUUUUUUUUUCUUUAAGCAAGGACGAAAAAAACCUAAACAAACAAACAAAAAAAAGGACUUCUGAUCCGUGGGCCAAAGUAGGGGGAGAUAUGUUAUUGACCGAUUUAUACUGGCUGAGAUGAUACUUGCUUUCUACUUGAUCACUUGCUCUUUAAGUAAAAUGAGGCACAGAGUUGUUGCUGAGACGAGUGGGAACAGCAUUUUGAUUUGCUGGUUUAAUUAAAAAUGAUAAAGGAUUUAAAGGACAAGGUGGACGUGGACUGCAGGUUGUGAGCCUAGACACACCUAGGGGAGGAAGACAAGAGUUGAACUUAAGAGAGAGCCCAACGGAGAUAAACGAAUGUCCCCACAUCUCCAAAGGAAAGUUCAUCGGAUUUUUACUCUAGAGAUCUCAUCUUCAGGAUGUCAUUGAACACUUCCACUGCAGGAAAAGGUGUGGAUCCAAACGCAGUUGACACUUAUGACAGUGGCGAUGAUUGGGAAAUUGGUGUUGGGAAUUUAAUAAUCGAUUUGGACGCCGAUUUGGAGAAGGACAGACAGAAAUUUGAGAUGAAUAAUUCUAAUACCACCAGCAGCAGCAACACCAGCUCCAAGGAUUGCGGGGGUCUGGCUUCCAGUGGGGCUAAUGCUACCUCAGCCUUAGCUGAUGGCCUAAAAUUUGCUUCUGUUCAGCCCUCUGCUCCCCAGGGGAAUUCCUCUCACAAAGAGACUAGCAAAUCAAAAGUGAAAAGGAGUAAAACUUCUAAGGAUGCUAAUAAAUCUCUGCCUUCUGCUGCCUUGUAUGGGAUUCCUGAGAUCAGCAGUGCUGGCAAAAGGCAGGAAGUCCAAGGGCGCCCUGGAGAGGCAACUGGCAUGAAUUCAGCACUGGGUCAAAGCGUGAGCAGUAACCCAAACGGCAAUAAUAGCAACACCAGCAACACCACCACCAUUGCCUCUUGUGGGAAAAACAAAGAGGAGAAACCAGGUAAAGCCCCAGGCAGCAGAGGCUCCAAGCGGGAUAAGGAUGCAGGAAAAUCCAGGAAGGACAAGCAGCAUGACCUGCAGCAAGGCCACCCCAACGGCAGUGGGGGUGGCAAUAGCCAACUUCCCUCUGGGCACCUCUAUGGCUUCGGGGCCAAGGGAGGCAGUGGUGGAAGCAGCAGCCCCUUCCACUGCACCUCCUCUGCUGUGGGGGAGGUGAGCAAAAGUACCCCGGAUUCAGGGUUAAUGGGGAACUCUAUUUUGGUAAAGAAGGAAGAGGAGGAGGAGGAGAGCCACAGGCGAAUCAAGAAAUUGAAAACAGAAAAGGUUGAUCCCCUGUUUACAGUGCCUGCACCUCCACCUCCGAUUUCCAGCAGUAUCACACCUCAGAUUCUGCCUUCCUACUUUUCCCCAUCUUCAUCCAAUAUUGCAGCACCAGUCGAGCAGCUUUUGGUACGGACACGUUCAGUGGGUGUAAAUACUUGCGAGGUUGGAGUAGUUACAGAACCCGAAUGCCUUGGACCCUGUGAGCCUGGGACCAGCGUGAACUUGGAAGGAAUUGUGUGGCAUGAAACUGAAGAAGGUGUCCUAGUGGUAAACGUUACAUGGAGGAACAAGACUUACGUGGGAACACUGUUGGACUGCACAAAGCAUGACUGGGCCCCUCCUAGGUUUUGUGAAUCGCCAACAAGUGACCUGGAAAUGCGUGGAGGACGGGGCAGGGGGAAGCGGGCAAGGUCCGCUGCAGCUGCGGCUGUACCUGGGAAUGAUGCGAGUUUUGCAGAGUCCAGAGGACUUCAGAAUAAAAAUCGAGGUGGUGCCAAUGGGAAGGGGAGGAGGGGCAGCCUUAACGCAAGUGGGCGCAGAACACCCCCGAACUGCGCCAUGGAUGAAGUCAAAGCCAGCCCCUCGUCCACAAACAAGAGGAAAUCUAAGCCUCCUAUGGAGCUAGAUUUGAACUCCAGUUCAGAGGACAGUAAGUCUGGAAAACGCAUUCGUACUAACUCUAGAAGCACUCCUACCACUCCACAGGGGAAACCUGAGGCUACUUUUUUGGACCAAGGCUGCUCUUCCCCAGUGUUGAUUGACUGUCCUCACCCCAACUGCAACAAGAAGUACAAGCACAUUAAUGGAUUGCGUUACCAUCAGGCUCAUGCACACUUAGACCCAGAAAACAAACUGGAGUUUGAGCCUGACAGUGAAGACAAAAUUUCAGACUGCGAGGAAGCACUGAGUAAUGUGGCACUUGAAUGCAGUGAGCAAAGCACAAAUUUGCCAGGCUUUGAUCCGCUAAAAGCACCGACAUCUCCUUCCUCCAUUGCUACCCCAGGGACCCCCAAGGGAAAAAGGGAACUGACCAGCAAUGGCCCUGGUUCAGUUAUCAGUUCCAAAACUGGCAAGAAUUCUGGCAAAAAGAAGGGUCUGAACAGUGAAUUGAACAGCCUUCCGGUAAUUUCUAACAUGGCAGCCACACUGGAUAAUUGCUCAGUAGCAGAUGGCAAUUUGCAAACCGAAAUGCCGAAAUUGGAGGCUGAAGGGUUAAUUGACAAGAAGAGUUCGGGUGAUAAAGGGAAGAAAUCGAACAAUUGCAAAGUGGAUAAAAACCUUUCCAAACUGAAAACAGCCAGGCCCAUUGCCCCAGCGCCAGCACCAACUCCUCCCCAGUUAAUAGCUAUACCUACUACAGCCUUUACAACCACCACUACAGGGACAAUACCAGGACUGCCCUCUCUAACAACUACUAUUGUUCAGGCUACACCAAAGAGCCCUCCACUGAAACCUAUUCAACCAAAGCCCACAAUUAUGGGAGAGCCAAGCACUGUAAACCCAGCUCUCACAUCACUCAAAGACAAGAAGAAAAAGGAGAAGCGAAAGCUGAAGGACAAAGAAAGCAAAGAGACGGGCAGCCCCAAGAUGGAUUCUAAGCUGGGGAAGCUGGAGGAUUCAAAAGGGUCUGGAAAAGACUUAUCUGGACAUUUUUUAAAGGACCAUCUCAACAAGAAUGAAGUGCUAGCUAAUGGACUGUCAGAGUCUCAAGAGAGCAGGAUGGCAAGUAUUAAGGCUGAAGCUGAUAAAGUUUACACAUUCACAGACAAUGCGCCCAGCCCUUCCAUAGGGAGUGCCUCCAGGAUGGAAUGCAGCACUUUGGUGAAUGGACAAUCUGCCAUGGCCCCACUGCACGUGUUGACACAGAAUGGUGCAGACAGCACGGCCGCUAAAACCAACAGCCCUGCUUACUCAGAUAUUUCUGAUGCAGCUGAUGAUGGUGGCUCUGACAGCAGGUCAGAGGGCAUGAGGUCAAAGGCCAGCUCUCCAUCAGAUAUUAUUUCUAAUAAAGAUGGUGUUGUAAAAGGACAUUCUUCAACCACAGCACAAUCAGCUCAAGCAAAAGAGUCUCAUUCUCCCUAUUACCAUGGCUACGAUCCUUAUUAUUCCCCAAGUUACUUGCACUCUGGACAGGUCAGUGCCCCAGCAGCUGGGAACAACAGUACCCCACAGGGGCUGAAGAUUAAAAAAGAGGCUGAGGAAGAGGCUGAAAAGAAAGAGAAGGCAGAAUCGUCAGAUGCCAAGAAAAGCGAAAGCACUUCCUCUAAUUUGCAGCCACAACACCAGUCAGUAAUAACUCAAAGACACCCUGCACUUGCUCAGUCACUUUAUUAUGGACAGUAUGCCUAUGGGCUCUAUAUGGACCAAAAGUCCUUAAUGGCCUCCAACCCUGGUUACAGGCAGCAGUAUGAAAAAUAUUAUGAGGACCAGAGACUAGCAGAACAGAAAAUAGCACAAAGUGGGAGGGACUGUGAAAGGAAGAAUGACCCCCCCUUGAAGGAGAUUGGGAAGGAUGACAACAAGCAAAAAAAUAUUCCAUCUGCUACUAUUUCAAAGGCCCCUUCAACUCCAGAGUCCAGCAAAAAUAACACUAAAAUAGGGUCUUCAGUUCCUAACAAAGGUGAGGAGACAAGCAAAUCACAGAUCCUUUCCAAUCACCAGCAGCAGCUUCAGUCUGACACUUUCAAAGCCAAACAAAUGGAAAACCACCAGCUUAUAAAGGAGGCUGUGGAGAUGAAAUCUGUUAUGGACUCCAUGAAGCAAACAGGAGUAGAUCCAACCACAAGAUUUAAACAGGAUCCAGAUUCACGAACAUGGCAUCAUUAUGUCUAUCAGCCCAAAUACCUUGAUCAGCAAAAAUCAGAAGAACUUGAUCGUGAGAAAAAGUUAAAAGAAGACAGCCCUAGAAAAACACCUAACAAGGAAAGUUCCCUGCCUAACCUUCCUGUCUCAUUAGCAAGCAUUAAAGAGGAGCCUAAAGAGGUCAAGCGUUCUGAUUCUCAAUCAGUGGAUGAGAGCAAGAUAAAAAAUGAUGAUCAAAAGACUCCUGUAAAUUGGAAGGACUCUCGGGGUGCUAGAGUAGCAGUUUCCUCACCAAUGAGUCAGCAUCAGUCAUACAUCCAGUACUUGCAUGCUUAUCCGUAUCCACAGAUGUACGAUCCCAACCAUCCAGCCUAUCGCGCAGUCUCUCCUGUCCUAAUGCACAGCUAUCCUGGGGCCUAUCUCUCUCCAGGAUUUCAUUAUCCAGUUUAUGGGAAGAUGUCAGGGAGAGAAGAGGCAGAGAAGGUCAAUACCAGCCCAAGCAUCAAUGCAAAAUCAACCACUGAGUCCAAAGCACUGGAUUUGCUCCAGCAGCAUGCCAACCAGUAUCGCAGCAAGUCACCUGUUCCUGUGGAAAAAUCACCAGCUGAGCGUGAACGGGAAGCAGAAAGGGAGCGAGACCGCCAUUCUCCUUUCAGCCAGCGGCAUCUCCACACACACCACCAUACACAUGUUGGAAUGGGCUACCCCCUUAUACCUGGACAGUAUGACCCAUUUCAAGGAUUGACCUCUGCUGCCCUUGUUGCCACUCAGCAGGUGGCUGCACAGGCAUCUGCAUCUGGUAUGUUUCCUGCACAAAGAAGGUAA